AUUUUUUUCAUCUUUGUUAUUGCUACAUUUUUGGCUGAAUUUUGAGUAAAUUUCGUCAAUCAAAAAGACUUUAAAUGCUGGAAUCAUUCCCAGAAAGUAAAAAUAUGUCCAAAAAGAUGCGACGUCCAGUUGUUAACAAUUGCUUCUUCUGUUUUGACCUUAAAGUUGGAUGCUGUGUCUACUCAGUCGUGCAAAUAGUUUUAUACUCACUUGGACUUAUAGUUGCAUUUAUUAAGCUUGGAUCACAGCAAAGUUCACAACCAAAAAAUUCAAAUUUGAGCUUACCAAAAGAAGUACCUGAAAAUAUAAUCCAAGGAGCACUCAAUGCUACACUGCAAGGAACAUUUAGCGGGAAGAUUUUGGUGUCAUUUGAGGGGACCUUCAGCAAUUCAACACAGGAGUCAGUUGACCAAAACAAAUCAAAUGGAUUUUUUCUCCUGAUAGUCAUUGUGUGCCUUACAAUCAUUGUGGUAAAUUCGUUGUUUGUGAAUGGAACGUAUUCUAACAGCGCUGCAUCCUUAGUUCCAUACAUCUUUGUCAAAACAAUAUUUAUAUUUUAUGUGCUAAUUUAUCUGUUGACACUCAGCAAUGGAUUUUGGAUUGGAUUUAUUAUUUUCUUAGUGGCUGUUGAUGUUUACCUUCUGGUUUGUGCAUAUUCACUGUAUUUAUGCAUACAAAAUAAAGACAGCGUUCAACAGACAGAAGAAUGGACUUAGAAAAUUUCU